UGAGUUUGUGGUGGUGAAGGAAAAUUGUAGAGAUAAGUUGAGCAGUGAAAGCUUAUUAUUCCUAGCACUAGCACUCCCCAACAUCUGUGGUUGCCAAAGAUUCAAUUUGAAGUUCCAUCGUUUGCUCUUUAUUUACCAGGAAGUAUUUAUGGAAGCUGAAAACAAUAUAGCAACUGUUAAAAUAGACAUCCAAAAUGGAGAGAGGCAAGGACCGUUGGAAGUGAACAGAGAACCUGAAUCAUGGUUUGAUAAACUAAAACUUGAUCCCGCAUUUAUUAACUACAAAAACAGAAAAACGUCCGCUGAUGUAUCUAUAUAUCGGGUGCCCGAAAUUAUAAAGAAAGCCAACCGAGAAGCUUAUGAUCCUUUGGUUGUGUUUCUUGGACCUUUUCAUCACAAGAAAGACCAGCAGAUGACUGUAAUGGACGAAUACAAGCUUCAAGCAGUAGACAGAACUGUGGAAAGGAUCCCUAAUAUGACCAGGGAACACUUAGUCGACAAGGUUAAAGAACUACAUGAAGAGAUCAGAGAUUGCUAUGAAGACUCGGCCAAUGAAUGGGAUGACAAUGCGCUUGUCUCGAUGAUGACCAUGGAUGCAUGCUUUAUUCUUGAGUUCCUUCAAAUGGACAUGCCCAAUUCUAGCCUUGUUUUCCACUCGCACAGAGCUAAUAGCAUUAAAAGAGGAGAGAUUUUAAUGGACAUUUUGAAGCUAGAAAAUCAGAUUCCUCUAUGUAUUCUGAAAAAGAUCCUAAAAUUGGAGUUGAAAGAUCCUGUAGCCUUCUUAGCUGACACAUUGAAUCGUUGCAUGGGGUGCUAUUUUCAAGGCUAUCCGUUCAAGGAAAAUAAACAUAAUGAAGAUCUAAUUGCCAAAUUUAUUAAAGGAGGUGCAUUCCAUCUAUUGGAUUUGUCAAGACAGGUUAUUGCAGAUUUCUUGUCAGAUUCAAAUUCCGGUUGCAAGGCUGAUAACCCCAUUAAAUCUUGUGCUUGCAUUGCCACUCCAAAUGGCGUUGGUUGUUUUAGAGGGGCAAGCUGGGAGCAUAUAAUUCGUGGGCUUCGUGGGUCUGCUGCAGUAGAUGGAAGUAUGAUGCCAUCAGCCGAAAAGUUGGAAGAAGCUGGAAUUAAAUUGAAACAGAGCACUGGAGGAAAAGUCCACUUUAAACGCAGAUUUUUGCGAAGCAGUACACUUUAUCUCCCUCAAAUCAUUGUGGAUGAUAACACAGAAAUAUUCUUGAGAAAUCUCAUUGCUCUUGAAGAGUGUCAAAUGCAGGAAAAUUACAAAAUUACGCGAGUGAUUUCCCUCAACCUGUAUAGAAUGGAUUGCUUAAUUGACUCCAGGGAGGAUGUUGGGCUGUUUCGGAAAGCGAGAAUUAUAAAAAAUUAUCUGGGUAGUGAUAAGCAAGUAGCUAAAAUGUUCAAUGCUCUGUGCGUCGGAAUCACGGAAGAGCAUGAUUUGAAGGAUGUUUUGACAGAAGUUCAUGAACACUACGAUAGCAAGCUGAAAGUAUGGAUGAGCGAGUUCCGGAAAGAGCAUUGUUCAAGUCCAUGGUACAUUAUCUCCUUAGUAGCAGCGGUAAUACUUGUAGUACUCACACUUUUGCAAACCAUCUACACAAUGGAAAGUUAUUUCAAAUCUUAGAAAAUCGUUCUUCCUAGACAUAUUGAAUUUUAGAGUUUCAUGUAGGGUGCAUGGAGAACUGAAUAUAAAGAAUGUGUGUACUAUUAUGUGAAGUAUAAUA